GGGAUACAUAUAAAUUUUAGUAUAUUUUGUGUGCAAUUCAAAGAAAUUAAUGGCCAUGAGUUCCUAUUUGAUCAACUCCAACUAUGUGGACCCCAAGUUUCCACCAUGCGAGGAAUAUUCCCAGAGCGACUACCUACCCAGUCACUCUCCGGACUACUACAGCGCCCAGAGGCAAGACCCCUCGUUCCAGCAUGAGUCGAUCUACCACCAGCGGUCGGGCUGCGCCGACCCACCCUACUCAUCGUGCCAUGGUUCGGGGCAGCCUGCCGCGGUCAUCUCUCCGCGAGGUCACGUUCUACCCACAACCGCACUCUCGACCCCUCUCCCUGAACCAAGCCAUCACUGCGACUCGGUAACUCCGAGCCCUCCGCCUGCCUGCGGUCAGACUCCCACUAGCCAAAACACUUCACCGGUCACUUCAAGAAAGGAUCCCGUGGUAUACCCCUGGAUGAAAAAAGUCCACGUAAACAUCGUGAACCCGAACUAUUCAGGGGGUGAACCCAAGCGCUCACGCACAGCCUACACGAGGCAGCAAGUCCUGGAAUUGGAGAAAGAGUUCCAUUACAACCGCUAUCUGACUCGCAGACGGAGGGUGGAGAUUGCCCAUACACUAUGCCUAUCCGAACGACAGAUUAAGAUUUGGUUUCAGAACCGGCGCAUGAAGUGGAAGAAGGACCAUAAGCUUCCCAACACCAAAAUACGCAGCAGCUCUGCCAACACUAAUUCAAGCAGCGGCCCGACACUGGGCAGCAAUCAGAACCGAGCAAGCGGACCUCCGCCAAGUCUAUAGCACUCCACUGUUGCCCAAAACACGUACAAUUAUAAAAUCUAAUUUUCUGGAGUGUAGAACGUGGAUUUUACCUGCGUUGUGUCUCCCUACUCUCCCCUGCACUCUAAUUACAGGGAUAAAAUACGAGGAAGAUGUGGGGGAAAGGAGCAAAGAAAAUGUCCAUCUUUUUAACACUCAAAAUGGGUGAAGACUCGAACUCAAAUGCUAGAUGGGUUGCUUUCCCAGUCUGGUUCCCAUUGUUAUCCCGCACGCCUCUCCUGCUCACUCGCCCCUUUCAUAAGCACAGAAGGCGGCAGAUAGUUUUCAGAUUUGGUGAAGAUGGAUCCGUGUUUCAUCUUUAAUCACGCCAAACUCGGCCUCAUUUGUCAUGUUUACUCUGUGGUACAAAGGAUGA